AUGGAAAUGGAAGAACUACAUGCAGCAGCCUUAGACUACUAUUCCAAUGGUUCUCCGGAACUUCAGCGUCUGGCAUGGUCUUUCUUCCAAUCCAUGGACACAAACAACGAUGGCCGAAUCAGCUCCUCAGAGUUUUAUGAAUUUUUGCAGCAAAGCGGUUACAGCUGGAUCAUCAACGACCCCAGUUUCUUCACGAAACUAGAUCGAAACCGCGACAGAGCUGACCAUCAUCAGGGCACCUAUGAUCUCUGUGCUGCCUGCUACCGCAUCAGGAAUUUUUAUCACUACCAUACGUAUUUCUUGGAUAACCAUGUCUUGCUGCGAUCCAAACGAGGCCUUCCUCCUUGUGCUAGCCCCGAUCUCAGUAAGAAUAAAUGGUUUCAAGCAUAUCGUCUAUUUGAGAUUGCUGUUGCUGCUGCAAGUGCUGCUGCCAAUUGUACAAUUAUGUAA